AUGGAAGACGUGAAAAGACAGGUAGUUUAGUUAAAUUACAUUUAGUUAAAUUUCUUUUAAAUACUGAUAUCGGUUUUUAAAAAUUCUGUUAUUAAAUGGGCGAAAAAAAAUGAGGAAUUAAAUUGGAACGGUGCAACAUUGAAUAAGUAUAACCAUUAAAACGACACGCUAUAAUUAAAGUGAUAAAACUACUGAGGCAAAGGAUUCGUGUACUAUGUUUAAACUGCACUUUUUUGACUCGUGUGUAAGCCGAAUUAUUAAAAGAGUACAUAAAGCUUCGUUUGAACGUAGGUACGUAAGGAACCGUUUAAUCACGGUCAGUGAUGUGUUCUGUUCUUCUGCAGCAGCUUAUACUUAAGAUUGUAUAACUACGUACCCUUUAACACGACAUCGUAUAAAUUUACAUAUUAUUCCGACAGUCUGGAAAUCCAAUCUGCAUAUUACUAUAACACCGGUGCAGACAUUUCUACACAACCGUGUUAUAGGUAUAAAUAUUACGAACAAUAGAGAAUACCGGCCAAUGUGUACAUUGCCUGGGCAAUGUGAACAAAGUUUUAUUAAAUUUUAUCAUAUUAUGAAUUUUUUAAAACAAUUAUUAUAAUAAUGACAGUGUAUAAUAAAUUAUACAAUUUUUGAAACCCGUUGUAUAAACUCAUUUUUAUUGUCAUACUGCCUAUUUAAGAAUUACAAUUUUUCCAUAUAGAUAUGACCAUAUCAAAAUGAUAAAAGUAAUAGCUGUCUUAAUAAAAUCAGUUAACAAUAUAUGAACAAUAAUUGAUAUUUUCGACUAUCCUACCUGACCUAAGCUAGUCGAGUUUUUGUACUGUACAAGACACUAUACUUCGUUACUUUGUACGUGUUUUAAAAAUGGAAUCUAAAUUCUACGAACAUUUUAACAAAGUUAUCGAAACAAAAACCUAAUAGUACUUUAUUAGUAAAUCUAAAUAUUAUGAAAUAAUUAAUAGUUUAAAACAACUAAAGCUAGAGAAGAAAAUAAUUCAAAAUUAAUGAAGAAAUAUGACGUUAUGACAGUACUGGGAGACGAAACAUGAAUUACGCCAAUAAAAAAAGGUAAUUGUGUACAAUUAUUUGCUUAUAAUGAAGAGUUAUUUAACAUUUUAUGUGAAAGACAUUUAACUAUUGAGCAUGGUGGUAGAAAUUGCAUGGAAUACGAAAUAAAUAAAAAUAUAAAAUAUGACUAGGAAAACAAUAAUGUAAUUUACAUUUACAUGUGUGAGAAAAGAAAGUACAGUGAAAAAAGGAUUAGUGGUUGAACCAAUUAUUUCUUUGGAAAUGAAUUCGAGGUGUAAAAUCGACCUUAUUGAUAUGCAAGCGCAACCAGAUGGAGAUUACAAAUUAAAAUGUGUUAACUAAGAUCAUUUGACAAAAUUUGUCAUACUUAGGCCUCAAAGACAUAAAAGUGACAAAGCAGUUGCUAAAGAUUUAGUGAAUAUAUUUAACCUUUUUGGAGCAUUCGCUAUAUUACAAAGUGACAACGGACGUGAAUUCGUAAAUAAAAUAGUAUCUGAACUUUAUACUAAGUAGAAGGAUUUGAAAAUAGUUCACGGUAAGCCAAGACACUCUCAAAGCCAAGAUAUUAUUGAAAAAGCAAACCAAUAUGUCCAAAAUAUGCUUGCAACAUGGCUACAAUAAAAUGAAACAAAAAAAUGGAGCAAUGGCUUAAGAUUCGUACAGUUAAUGAAAAAUUGUGCUUAUCACCAUGGUACAAAACAUUAACCAUUUGAAACGAUGUUUGGUACACUCUCUAAACAUCUUUUACCAUCUUCAUUACUUUUUGCAAACAUGAUUAAAUUAAAAUUAAAACAAAAUUAAAAACCUAAAAAAAAAUUACAGAUUGCCUUAGAGUCAAUACAGGUCCUUUCUAACAACAACAAAAAUAAUGAAGUAAUUCGUGAAGUAGAAAAAGAAGAUGAUGAAGAUCAAAUAUUUGAAAAAGAAACAAAAACAAGACAAACGUCAAUUAAUCAAAACAGGAAAGAGCCAUUAAGCAAUCUGAAAAUUAAAGCCACAAAAAAGCCACGGAAAUGUCCAAAAAACGAUUUUUCCAAGGAAAUAUUGGGAAGUCAGAAUUAA